AGCUGGGGGAGGAGCCGAACCGGGUGGCGGCGGCCGGGGGCGGUCCCUGGCGGCCGCGCAUUCCAGAGCCACCGGAUCGGAUCGGCGUGCCUGGUGCCCAGACGCGACUGCGAGCUCUUCGGAGGAGCCGGGCACGUUCUGGGGCGAGAUUCCAGGGUUGGGGGCCGCCUCCUGCUGCCGGAGCCAGUGCCUGGGGACUUGGAGCGGUCUCUGUCCCCGGAACUUUCCGCAGACCCGGCGCUUUCUGGCUGCGGCGGUGGCCGCGCGUUUUAAAAGCAGCUCUCCGCGGAUCCGGGGCAGCAGACGCUCCCCCGCUUUCCUUCCGGGAUCGGACCAAGUGCAGCACUUGAUAGAUGGGAAGAAUUUUCCACCUUUGGAGAAGUGGGGAGAGGUGGAAGUGACCAGAGCCCCAUUACCUGGGAAGGAACACCCACUAGAAGAUACAUGUCUGAGGACUGAAAAGGUUGAAACAGGGAGACGAAGCUGCCUGUGCCCUCUGCCUCCUGGUCAUGUGGGUGACCCGCCUUCGGGCCCUGGAACAGUAGCUCUGGAAGGGCCCUUGGAGAAGAUCACAGCCUGUGGUUUGCAAAUUGUUUUGAGGAGACCGAGGGGUCAAGGGGAAGCUGAAUAGCUAUGUUAUACCAGAGUGAAGCAGCAUGGACGCCGUCAGCCAGGUCCCCGUGGAAGUCGUGCUCCCCAAGCACAUCCUGGAUAUCUGGGUCAUUGUCCUCAUCAUCCUAGCCACCAUUGUCAUCAUGACCUCCUUGUUGCUGUGCCCGGCCAUGGCGGUCAUCAUCUAUCGCAUGCGGACUCAUCCUGUCCUCAAUGGGGCUGUCUGAGAAUCUCCCAAGAGGGGCAGGGGAGGGACGGGGACAGUGCCCCAGAAAAGCAGCAGGAGGAACUUUGGAGCGGGACCCUGGAGCUUGAUACGUGAGAGGAGACCUGAGUUCUGGUUUUGAUUCUGCCACUGGCCAGCUAUGUGAGUUUGGUCACAGGACCAAAUUCGAUGAGGACCAGGUUCCUUAUCUUUCAAAUGGGAAUUAUGAUCCCUACUGUUCCUACCUCAUGGGGUUGUGAUAACCAGUGACUUGGUGGAAGUUAAAGCUGUCUGUGAGCAGUAAAGCUACCCCAGAUAUAAGGUGUCAUUGCUGAAUGCUGAGAAGCUCUGAGGAACCAAAGAACCUAAUUACUAAUGAUGGCCUUCAAGGUGAUGAGGGGGGCAUUGGCACCUCUGCCAGUGCCCCUCAGGUCAAACCAAGCAAAAGCACUCUGUCAUCAUUCCAAGGGGUGAGCAGCAUAUUGGCUCAAAAUUUUCUUUGAGGUGCCACUCCCUCAAGUUUUCUAAUUUGGGAGGGAAUUGAUCAUGGCAGGGGGAAAGAGAUGGGUGGAUCCUCCCGGGAUCUUCUCUGUGCCAGAAUCUCUGUCCCUGUGCAAUCUGGAGGAGGGUUCUGCCAUUUCUGGGCAAUGAAUGGCAAGGGAGCUGGGGCAACUCUUUCUUUCCACACCAGAGUCUCACAGGUUUGACACUCAAGCAAUGUUGGAAAGUGCAGGGCGGCUGAGUUCCUGGCCGGCUUUCGGAAUCUUCAGCCCCCACCCCGUUGUGUGCCCCCACCGCACUUGAGCUGCCUCGGCUCCUGCUAUAAUUAGAUCCACGGUAUAAUGUGUACCUUCCUCAUUCCCUUCCACCAGCACUGCAACCAGUCCACGGUACAGACUAAUAUGUUAAGAGAUAGUCCCAGGACUUUUUGGAACUAUGUUUAUUCAAAGUGAUGGUUAUUUUAGAUGCUAUGCUUUAUAUUUAUGUAGAGAUUUCUGGACCACUCGAGCUCUUUGACUAAAAUCAGAAGCAUCCUGGGAUUUAUUAAAUGAUGUGAAAGGACGGCACAGAUAUCAGGAUAUUAUUAUGUGAAAAUGAUGCUUUUACUUUGAUCUGAUCUCACUGAUGUACACAAUUUCCAAUAAAGUGCUAGAAUGAGCA